CGCAUCGCAGGAUACUCAGCAGGUUACAGCCUGAUCGAAAAAAUACUCGCCCGAACAAGACACUCAGGAUGCCAUCCCUUCGUGCCCAACUCGCCCACUGGUUCAUCUGGUACAAAUUCUACACCGGCCGACAUCAAACCGAAUCCGAGCUCCUGGAAGAUAUCCGCACGUCUUACGUCGAACAAGAUGUCCCACUAGAUCCACCAGCCGAGAUCGCCACGUCCGACGAAUUCGAGGUGGUGAGGGAGGAAAAAGAGCUCGCAGCAGGCCAGAGGUGGAAGAUCGACCAUAUACAUGUUUCCAAGAAGAAGAAGAACGUCGACGUCGAGUCGGACAAGGUGAUCGUGUAUUGGCACGGCGGAGCUUUCAUCCGUAAAGCUAUGCCUCAACACUGGCUAUUCCUCACCAACCUGAUCUCCAGCACCUCCAUCCCGGUGAUAAUCCCCCACUACACCCUCGCCCCGCUCUCCACCUCGACCCACGCCACCCUAGCCUCCCUGGACCUGCUCCUCUCUUUACAAUCCGAUCCACGGUAUAAAGGCAAAGAAAUCAUCUUGAUGGGCGAUUCCGCGGGAGGAUGGUUCGUAGCGCAAUUAUUAGUCUGUUUGACCAAAUUGGCGCUGGGGGAGAAGAUUGGGUUGGUCGGCGAGGACGAACUCGUCGGUAGUGAUGCCGAGCUCUUAAGAGCCACAUCUAAAUCCAAAUCCAAGUUCCAGGAGAUCAGGAGCAGGAUGAAGAAGGCGAUCUUGAUCUCCCCGGCUUUGGAGAUGGACAUGGGAUCGACCGAACAUCCGGAGGACGAAGAGGUUCAACCCGACGACUCCUGGCUAAACUACAAAUCCACCCUCAUAUUCGGCAAGAUCUGGGCAUACGGACCCUCCCACGCAACCCCUUCUGUGUCAUACGACCUCCCCCUUUCCGCCCCAGUGAUCGCCGCCUCAAAGUACACCUUACCUAAAGAAAUCCCAUUGAUUGAUGAGUGUAUCAACCCUACUCGCGCCAUGGGGGUCUUGCAGCGUUACGCCAAGAACCAGGAGGUCGAAUCUCAAUCUGGAUCUGUAGGAAAGGGACUCGGGAUCAAGGUCUUCCAGAUGUGUGGGACGGCGGAUAUCUUGCACAGACAGGCGAUGAGGCUUGAUGAGGUAUUACGUUCGUUUGGGAAAGAGGUGGUCCGGCCCGAGUUGAUAGUCGAACCGGGCCUGUACCACGUCUACCCUCUCAUCCAACAGACGCCCGAGGCGCAGAGGGCGAUCACGAGGAUCAAAGCGUUGUUACUCGAGGACGACUGAUUCAGGAACACUCAUUUUGUGCGACAAGGAAGAACAAGAAGAAGAAGCGAUCCCAUCGAUGUACAGAUUUCUGUCAGAUAUUAUAUAGCGUGCGUGGUUGUAUACAAGUAUAUCACUGGCGUAGCUCUUUUUUGAGCUGUUCCCCGAGUCUCGUUCCCCGUUUCUUAUAGUUGUAUACAACAGCCGGCAUGCGGCAGACUUUAUAUUCCGAUUGCCCUGUCGUCUGAGACCAGUGUCCAAAAGCCUCGCCGUUUUCCCGAGCACAAUAUCUUCUUUCCGGGCUUGUUUCAAGUCGUCCCAAAGAACCAAGUAUCCACUGAACCCAGCACCCGAGAUUGACAUCAGCUUCAAUAAUGUAAUCACCAUUCGUGACCCGAAUCGGAACACCCCAGCGCAACCAGAAAAGACCUUGCGGGACUCACAAUCCGGACUCCCCUUAUUCGCC